AUGUCUGGAAUCUCUUUGCUGUGGGGCUACAAGAAUACAAACAUAGCUGGAAAGGAAAUCGAAGAUAUGCUACAUAUCUACACUACAAUGAAACUAGAACAAUCACUAACUUGCUCCUGGCUUCAAGCGACAUCAGUAAGCAUACACACCGCAUUUCCUCUUGGCUUCAAGCGACAUCAGCGAGCAUACACGCCGCACGUUUCCUCUUGGCUUCAAGCGACAUCAGUGAGCAUACUCGCGACUUGCUCCUGGCUUCAAGCGACAUCAGUGAGCAUACACGCCGUAUUUCCUCCUGGCUUCAAGCGACAUCAUCAUCGCAACAAAAGCAUGAUGCCGAAAGUGCCAACAAAACUAUUGUGGAACUUCAAGAAGGCUGACUGGCCUAGAUUCACAAACCUUUUAGAGAAUGAACUUGACGCAAGUCCCCUCAACUUCCUGGCAUGGAACUUCAAGAAGGCUGACUGGCCUAGAUUCACAAACCUUUUAGAGAAUGAACUUGACGCAAGUCCCCUCAACUUCAACCAAUAUCCUGACAAACUUUGCAACGAAAUCACAAACUUCAGCCAACAUCCUGACCAACUUUGCACUGCUAUCACGAGUCUUCCACAGGGAGAUGUCACAAGCUGCACUCUUUUCAAUGUCUUCAUCAAUGACAUAGCGAAACUGGUACAGACAGUCACGGGCAUCAAGUGCUUACUUUAUGCAGAUGUUCUUGUUCUGUGGUAUUCCGCCCCUAAGAAAAACGCUCAGAAGAGGACGGAAAGCGCCAUAAAUUAUGCACUUAAACUACUAGCAAACUGGUUCGACAACAAUGGAAUGGUUAUCAACACCGCUAACAUCGCAUUCCAAACAUUUUCAUUGGUCCACCACAACACAAGUCUGCAUUUAAUGCACAAGGAUACUUCUCAAGAAUAA